ACAGGUAAACUAUUACAAAUAAUCCAAAAUUAUGAAGUUGUUUACGAUAUUAUGCCUGUCUGUGACGUCACUAUACGCGGUCCAAGGUUUCAUUUGCCGCGAUGGAUUCGAAUUAACAUCGGCUGGGAUUCAUAAUAUGGAAAAUAAAAACGACUGCGGGGCUUGCCUGCGAAUGGAGGCGUCGGCGUUCAUGUACGGGUUUCUUGCAACCAACCUUACCAUGCAAUCGUGUGCUCACCAAUAUAACUGCUCACAAGUGGACUGCAGGACCGCAGCAACGCUCUUUACAAGCGGUGGUGGGAGACAAAGCGUGAUUACUAACGUAACAUGCAACGUGGUUUGUUGCUACCAAGACGGUUGUAACGAGAACACCAUAUCUGAAAUACUAAGCAACCCAGAAAUUUUACAAGCACCAACAACAACAACAACAACAACAACAACAGAAAAACCCACGACUACAGUACAAGCUGGGGAAGUCCCUGUACCGGAACCAGGGCCCGGAUACGACCUGUAUUGCGCCACAGGGUAUACGUUAACAUCUGCAUUAAUGUACCGGGAUAUUUGGAACGUGACCAAGUGUACGGGUAACCAGGCAAAAUGUAUCAGGGCGAAAGCUGAUGUGUUGGCAGCGGGUAUAUUUGAAGCCAACGUCACAGCCGGUAUGUGUGUGACGCAACAACAGUGCAAGAAUACAACUUGUGGCAAUCUUGCGCAAUUAUUUAUUUUAGCAAAUCCAACGAUUCAAGCGCAAUUAUUUGGAAUACAGUUCGUUGUAAGGACUUGUGACAUGGCAUGCUGUGCUGCUAACGAGUGCAACGAAAACGAGAUCUCGGUCAUAAAAAGCGACCCUGCUCUACAAAUACCCCCUACAAAUACAACGGCACCAACUGGGGAAUCCCCCACGCCGGGAAUGGCAACCCAGCUGAGUUGUUUAGAAGGAUAUAAUCUUACUUCGUCCGUCGCUAAUUUUGCUGAUUGGAAUAUUAAAGCAUGCACAGGGCAAAACACAAUGUGUAUGAGGGCGAAUGCAAAAGUUAAAGCGCAAGGAAGGAUUGAAGCCAACGUCACGACAGGCAUGUGUGUGACGCAACAACAGUGUAAUAAUUUAUCUUGUGACGCAUUAGCUGAUAUGUUUGUUAAUGCGACUGCUCAAGUACAAAAUCAAUUCAGAGGAAUGACAUUUGACGUAACAUCCUGCUCGCAUUUCUGCUGCAAUGAAAACAACUGCAACCGCUAUGCGACCAAACUAAUUGAAACUAUGGCUUACACGACAGCAGAACCUGUAAACAAACCAAGGAGCUCAGCAACUACGAAUCGCGGACGUUUCUUCACCGUUUUGUCUCUCGCUUUCGUAUUUAGCAGCGUCAUUUUAAUCUAGCUUAACCGGUAUAUAGAUAUAGUAGGGUGGGGCAAGAUGGGACACCUUGAGCACAUAAUAUCCAAAUACCCUGACCGUGUUUUAAACAAUUACGAACGGUUUAUUGGAGUCGUGAGAUUACGGUUUUAUAAUUCUUUGAAUUUUCUUUGUUUACUACCAAAUGGGAUGAGAAAAUAUAAUGAAAAGGUGUCGCAUCUUCCCCCACCCUACUAUCUUGAUAAAUGCAGCGUUAACAAACGAAUCGUUUUUACUUGAGUUUAAAGCCAAAGCCGGUAUUACAACCAAUACACUUAGAAACAACAUUUUUCUUACCAUUUUUCGACGCAGCCCGAUAACAUGUUGCAUAAAACUCAGAUAUACUAUUUAACCCAAUAUAUUGAUACGUGAUACGCCUAUUGAUACGUUACAGAUAACUGCCAUUUUCCACGAUCGUAUUUUCGAACAGUGCCAAUCGUGUACAACACAAAAAAACUACCAUUUUCUGUUUUAACGUAAACAGCACGUCCACUAAAAUACUUGACUUUUAAAGUUUUACUACAAGCGCGAUAUUUUGAAAUGAUUUACUCUUAUAACAAUUGUGUCGGUAAAUACACCUUAUAUUUAUAUAUAUAUAUACAUGAAAUUUGAAUAUACUGAACUUUACUUUGCAUGUA